AUGGCUUCAGGAAGAAUUUGUUUAUGGCUUUUAUUUAUGAUUACUGCACAAGUAGUCGGAGAAGAUACACAAUCAAUGAUAUUGUCUCUAUUGGUUGAUUCCAAAUUUCAAUGUGCGAAUACAACUUGUAUACCAUUUAUUAAUGUUUUUACAUCAAAUAUUCUGAAUUGUCAAGUAGCCUGUUUAACUCAAAGUCGAUGCAAAGCAGCUACUUUUCAUCGAUCAACUUCUAGUUGUGAAAUAUUUGAUAAUAUGUUGAACCAAAAUGGAAGUAUAUUAGCUGAUGUCGAUGCUACCAGUAUGAAUGUUAUUAGUGGAACACGAUUUCCAUCGGAUCAGAUGACUUCAACAACAACAUCAUCAUCAACAACAACGACAACAACAGUAUGUUCUUUAUCUUCUCAAUCAUCCUGGUCACAAAAUGCAACUACUAUAUUUGGCAGCCAAGCAGGUACAUCUGGCUCUAACCUUACACUUCUUUCUGGUCCAAUUGGAAUGUAUUAUGACGGUCCUAAUAAUAUGUUAUUUGUUGCGGAUAAUGGAAAUCAACGUAUUCUACAAUUUUCUAUCAACAACUCACCGUCAGUUGCAACAGUAAUUGCUGAAGGCAAUGGCAUUGAUUGCAACAUGAGCCAGCUUUAUAGACCUAAUGGAAUAGAUUUUGAUAGUUCUGAUCGAUUGUAUGUAGCAGAUUUUGGCUGCGGUCAGGUCCUUAGAUUUCCUUCAAAUUCAAAUUCAACGACAUCUGGAACACUUCUCGGGGUUGUAGCGCAAGCAGUACUAAUAUCCAUAAAUCAAUUGACUAAUGAUACCUAUGUAGCUAGCACUAAUGACAAUGCGGUAUACAAAUUUGUUGGAGGUAGUGGAUUACCGGUUGUUGCAGCAGGUGGCAAUGGAGCUGGAAGUGCUUUGAAUCAGCUGUCAGGCCCAACUGGUGUUUGCUAUGACUAUUUAUAUACAAAUUCUUUGUACGUUAGUGAUAAUGGUAAUUAUCGCAUAAUGAAAUACCCAUCAGGUUCAACGAGUUCAACUUAUGGAACAGUUGUCGCUGGAGGUAAUGGAGCCGGUAGUGGAGCGAAUCAGCUGAAUAAUCCAAGAAAUAUAGUGGUCGAUAGUAGUGGAACUCUUUAUAUAGGUGAUGCAGGUAACAAUCGUAUUCAACGUUGGCUGCAAAAUGCGAGUAGUGGUACUACACUCGUUGGUGGUACACAAGGAGCAGCACCGAAUCAACUCCAUUUCCCUGACACAGCCAUCUUUGAUAAAUAUAAUAACUUAUUGGUUUCUGAUAGAAAUAACAAUCGAAUGCAAAUGUUUAAUCUAACAACAUGCUAG